AUCAUCAGACAAAAGCGUCUUGAAAUGAGACUGAUGAGUGCACCUGCGAACAUGGAGGGGUCCUUCUGGAUGGGCGCAAAGACGAUGAAGAUCAGUAGAGGAAAUCUGCUUGGUGGCAUUCGGUCCAAGGUCUUAGAUCGCUGCAGGAAGACUUUUGAGAAGGAUAAACAAGGAGUCAUCAUAUUGAAGGGUGGAGGACCUUUCCACAUAUACAGCACGGACAUGGAGGGCAUAUUCAGGCAGGAAAGCUACUUUCACUACAUCUUCGGCGUUGAAAAUGAGGACUGCUACGGAGCCCUGGACAUCAGAGAUGGAAAAACCAUACUAUUCAUGCCACGCCUGCCCGACUCAUAUGCGGUGUGGAUGGGUGAGAUCAAGGGCCCAGACUACUAUCGCAAGCACUACAGUGUAGAUGCAGUGUUCUACACGGAUGAAAUGUCAGACCGUCUGGCUGCACUGAAUGCCCCUCAGCUCCAUCUGCUCAGCGGCGUCAAUUCAGACAGUGGUUCCAAAACAGAAGAGGCAUUCUUUGACGGCUCGGAGGCCUUCAAGGUGGAGCGGGCAGUCCUCUUCAACAUCCUUGCAGACUGCCGAGCGACAAAAACAGAAGAGGAGCUGGAGGUGAUGCAGUAUGCUAAUGAUGUGGCAUCGGCAGCCCAUGUAGAGGUUAUGCGGCGGUGCAAGCCUGGAAUGAUGGAGUACCAGCUUGAGAGCACAUUCUUGAAUUUCUGCUAUGCAGAGGGCGGCUGCAGGCACGCACCAUACACACCAAUCUGCGCAUCUGGACCAAAUGGUGCCAUAUUGCAUUACGGACACGCUGGUGCCCCGAAUGAUAGGCAAAUCGGAGAAGGGGACAUGCUGCUGAUGGACAUGGGCUGCGAGUACUAUGCCUAUGACUCUGACAUCACCUGUUCCUUCCCGGCCAGCGGCCGCUUUUCUGCUGAUCAGAAGCACAUCUAUGAGGCUGUGCUGGCAGCGCACACAGCGGUCAUUGCUGGCAUGCAGCCAGGUGUCUCCUGGCCGGAUCUGCAGCUGGUGGCAGAGAGGUGUAUAUUGCUGGGUCUCAAGCUGGCGGGCAUAGUGGAUGGGAAUGUGGAAGAGAUGGUGGAUCAGCGCAUUGGCGCCCUCUUCAUGCCCCAUGGGCUCGGCCAUCUGUUGGGCAUCGACACGCAUGAUGUGGGCGGGUACCUGCCUGGCCUACCCCCGCGCAUUGACAAGCCGGGCCUGCGCUCCCUCCGCACAGCCCGGAUACUAGAGGAGGGUAUGGUGCUGACAGUGGAGCCCGGAUGCUACUUCAAUCCCUUCCUGCUGAAGCCGGCCCUGGACGAUCCCAAGUCUGCGCGAUACCUUGUGCGCGACCGCAUCGAGUCACUGCUGGGCUUUGGCGGUGUGCGGCUGGAGGACAAUGUGGUUGUGACAGGCGAUGGGGCCAGAAGCAUGACCAAUGUCCCUCGCCAGGUGGAGGAUGUUGAAGCCGUCAUGGCAGGCGGCCCCUGGCCUCCCACAGCAAAGUCCGCCUGA